AUGAUCAUUGACCGAAAGCUUCUGUUCGCUGAUCAUGUUAAGUACGUUGUUGGGAAGGCUAUGCGAAUUUUCAAAAAACUAUGCAUUUACACCCGACCAACCUGGGGAGCUCAUUCCGAUAACGUGCAAACCAUCUAUCGACAGGUCAUUGAGCCUACAAUUACAUACGCAGCAGGUAUCUGGGGUCAAGCGGCGAAAAAACGAUAUGUAAGGAAGCUCUUGGAGUCGGCCCAAAGGGGAUUUGCAAUAAAGGCAAUUAGGGCCUUUAGGACAGUCUCAACGGUGGCAGCGGUCGCUCUGGCUCAAUUUGUGCCCUUGGACCUCAGGGUUCUGGAGGUACAUGAAGUUGAGACAGUACGACUGAAAGGGGCAACCAACUUAAUACCAAGGGAUAUACAAUAUGAGAGGCCCACACCUGUGCAUGAGUUAUUACAUCCGUCAAAAAGAAUAAGUAUUGAGUGUGCAGACCUGAAUUCGGAAAAUCUAGAACAGGAAACAGCGCCUAUUCGAAUCUAUACAGAUGGAAGCAAGCUCGAGAAUGGCGGUGUGGGAGCGGCUUUCGUCUGUUUCGAAGGUUCAAAAGUUAUAUAUAAAAAGAGGCUGAAACUACAUACUAGCUGCUCUGUGUUCCAAGCGGAACUCUUGGCGAUUAAAGAGGCUUGCGAGUGGACUUUGGACCGGAGAUUGAAGCAAGGAGACGAAAGACACCAAAGGGGCACAAGGAUGCACAUGGGCUGCAAGGAGGUUAUACAGAUCUUGAGUGACUCUCAGGCGGCACUGAGAGCACUCCAAAAGAGAUCUAACACCCACCCCAUUGUGGCAAAGACUCAUGACACAAUAUAUACAGCUGCUCAAGUGGAUCUUAAUUUCAUAUUCUCAUGGGUUAAGGGCCAUGCGGGCGACGCAGGUAACGAAAUUGCUGAUGAGACAGCCAAAGGCGCUGCCACACAACACAAAACUCCUGACUACGCGAAGUUCCCUAUGAGCUUUGUAAAAAGGACUAUGAGGGAAAAAACUUGGAGAACUUGGCAGACAAGAUAUGAAAGCGCGGAACAAGGAGCGCGCACAAAAGAAUUACUCCCAAAAUUGACGGACAUUUGUGCACUAUGGAAAGCAACCAAAGUAUCAUUUCAAUUAACGCAGGCUUUAACAGGUCAUGGCUACCACAAGGAAUAUCUGCAUAGAUUCAAAAUCGCUGCCGAUCCAUUCUGCCCCUGUGACAAUACCACUACUCAAACGUUAACUCAUUUGUUGAGGGAGUGUCCUAGAUUUGAGUACAAUAGACUAAGACACGAGAUGCUUUGUAUCAAUCUACGUAUAUCACCGUACUGUGUAACGGAACUUUCAAAUAAACAAAGUGCUAUUGAAUCCUUCGUUACAUUUAUUAAUUACAUCAUAGAUAAGCUUAAAGGAUUCAAUAAAUUGUAA